AUGCGGUUGGGCUGGAAGCAGACGCAGCCUAAUAACUCUCAUGUUGAUGCCCAAACGGACAUCAGCCUACCACAUGCAUUGACCGCUCCCCUUGCCAUGUUCCCUGCCUGGAAUUUCCGGACCCCCAGCGGCCAGGAUGACCGCGGUUACUGCUUUGAGCUUUGGGCAACAAUCAGCGGAGCCCAACCGAAACCUGCCCUACCCCACGAUCGUGUGCUUCGCUCCAAAUGUCCUGCAAGGCGACGAGAUCCAGGAAGCAACUCUGCUCUUCCCUCCUCCAAAAAGCAGGUUAGAGAGCAUCACCCGCGUCAUGAAACAGCCUCGGGGGCUUGCCACUCUGGUCCUGUCUUUUGCCGCAAGUCGCAGAUUGGUUGCACCAUUCCAGCCGGUAGCUGUCGGCUCGCACCCUUGACCUUGAUACGGCAUCUCGUCCCACCGAAGGCUUCCGCCGACGUCCACAACGUUCCUGGAGCCCAGCCCGCGCUCCACCAGCAGCGAGCGAGAAACAAGACCAGUAUGAAAGAGCUUCCCCUUGCACCUCUCAAGCGCGGGCCCGUUGACCCCGGAUCUAGUCGUAGGCGCCCGAUUACUUGGGACGAAACAGGUGGCCUCGACGUAUCGAGACUUGGCUGUGCCUGUCGAUUUUUUUCUCCUCUCCUCGCGCCUCUCGAUGCCAACCCGAGCAUCACUAGUGAUCGACUGAGACCGGGGCCGCCCUGCUCUGCUCCAAGGACUAACGAGUGCUAA